AUGUCUGAAAACAAAAAUAUAGAUACUACUGGGAACGAGGAAGUUCAAAAUAACGAAGAUUCCAGUAAAGAUAUUAGAAUAAAUGUCGAAGAUUCAGCAGUAGAGCAGCCAAGCUUGCCUCAUUCUCAGAACAAUUAUGGAAAUAUAGAAGAAGAGAAAUGUGAAAAGAAGAACAUCACUGAAGAUGUGAAGAAUACACUUGAAAAUACAAGAAUUAUUAUUGUUUCCUUCUAUGAAAAAACUUUAGAAAAGACAUAUGCAAUUAUAAAAAAAGUCAAAGAAGUAUGUUUGAAAGCAUAUUCAUUUUUGAUGUCAAAAAUAUCCAAAAAACAAGAAGAAACAUCAAAUGUUUAA